GGAGAUUCUCCAUCCGACCUUCCUUCCUUAUUCCUUUCUACCCCUCCCAGGUCACCACCGAUAUGAAUCCCAAAGAGGAGAAACAGGCGGCCACUUCUACUUCUCCCACUUCAACUACCAAUGGUUCGCAGCAGGCGCGGCAAUUGUCCUGCACCAAAUGCUUUGAUGCUCUGUGGUUUUGCUACUCUCCAUAUCACCAGAUGCAACAAUAUUACAGAUAUGGCGACUUUGAUACUUGCUUUAGCAAAUGGAAUGCACUUUUGGAUUGUUUUAGCCUGAAGACAAAAAGGUUAUCCGAAGUGCAGGAGAUUUUAGAAGCUCGAGAGAAAGAGAAAGCAAAGCAGCAUAUCUGGACAUACCGGACGGUCGAGGAAGCGUCUGUGAACUGGUGGAUGAUGUAUGGUCACAUGUUCAAGCUUUCCUCCAAAGUCCAAAACUGAUUCAUAAUUGCCAUUUGACCACAUUAAUUAAGUUUUUCGUGGUCACCUCAGAGGCAAUAAAUAUCUCAAUAAACUUUAAGUAUUCAUCCCAAAGUUUCCAUAUAAUUUACCAUUAGAUUUGGAUAUUGUAACCUAAUUGCACUUUAUCUUUCCUGAAACUUGGUUUCAUAUAUUA